AUGUCAUUAGCAUACGAUUGUGGUGAUUUCAAAGUGGUAACGAUGAAGUAUUCGGAAUCUUCAUCAGCUGAACACUAUAUUUUAAUGAAGGAACAUUUUGUGCGAAGUAAAUGUCAGGAAAAACCACCUGACAAAACUCUGUUUAUAGUGGGUGUACCUCCUUUUGUAACAGAGGAACUUUUUAGCGGAAUGUUUUCCCAAUUUGGUACCGUUAAAGCUGUAUUCUUUCAUUCCGAACCAAAUCCAGGUCUGCCUUUGAUGAAUGUGUCGAAAUUCUUUGUGGAUUAUCCUGAAGUAAAGGAAUACAAGGUGGCAUAUGUUGUAUUUGAGAAUGCCAGAAGUGUUGAGAAAGUUCUCUCCAUCGAUGCUGACGAGAAACUUAUUCUGUUGGGCGAAGAGGAGACCUCACCUUUCGGUCUUCAUAGAUGGUGUAAGGAGUACAACAGAAAACUGAUUAAUCCUGCUGAUAUCAAGGAUGAAAUAGAUAAUUAUAUGGAAGAAUAUGAUAAGAAAGUAGAAGAAGAGGAGAUGAGGUUGAAGGAAAUUACUGCAGAACCUGACGAGGAGGGCUGGAUUACAGUCACCAAAAAAGGUAGAAAUCCUGGUUUUGCUAGAAAAGAGAGUGUUCAUAAAAAUAUAAUGAAGAAGGAAAAACUCAAAGUUAAGAAAAAGCAGCUACUCAAUUUUUACAGGUUCCAGAUAAAGGAGUCUAAAAUGAACCAGCUGGUACAGCUUCGGGAGAAAUUCGAAGAAGACAAGAAGAAAAUAGAACAGAUGAAGAAAUCCCGCACAUUCAAACCUUUUUAA